AUUCACCGUCGCCGACCCGAUCUCCUUUCGAUUUGCUUUUUAUUUUUUUCUUAAAAUUUUAUGUUGAAAGAUUGCCGAAGGGAGAUUGAGAUCCAAAUCUUGUUUUCAUCUUCUCAUGCUCUUUUGUUUGACCUAAAAACAAAUGCAAAUUCGUAUUCUUUCUUCUGGGAGUGUUCUAUGAUCCAUUAACAGUUCAUAUUUGUUCUCGGAUCAGAUCCGCAUAGGUGCUGAUUUUGAUAUUAAUUUGUGGGGCCUAGUGGAAUAACCAAAACGCCGAAGGAGCUUAGUUUGAAACAUGGUUCCUACCAAAAAAGCCGAUAGAAAAGCCUCAUUGGAUGUCGCCUCAUGGAUGUUCAACGUUGUAACUUCGGUUGGGAUCAUCAUGGUUAAUAAAGCCUUAAUGGCUACUUAUGGUUUUAGCUUUGCUACAACUUUAACGGGUCUGCAUUUCACUACGACGACUAUCAUGACUUCUGUGCUUAGGUGGUUGGGAUACAUUCAACCUUCUCACUUGCCAGCAAUAGAACUCAUAAAAUUCGUCACUUUCGCUAACUUAUCCAUCGUUGGAAUGAAUGUUAGUUUGAUGUGGAAUUCUGUGGGAUUUUAUCAGAUCGCGAAGCUCUGUAUGAUCCCCGUGUCGUGUUUUCUAGAAGUUAUAUUCGAUAAGGUUCGUUAUUCGAGAGAUACAAAGCUCAGCAUUUUGGUGGUUCUCUUAGGUGUUGCGGUCUGUACAGUUACUGAUGUGAGUGUUAAUGCCAAAGGUCUGAUUGCCGCUGUUAUUGCUGUUUGGAGCACAGCCUUACAACAAUAUUAUGUCCAUUUUCUUCAACGGAAGUACUCUCUGGGCUCAUUCAAUCUCUUAGGCCACACUGCUCCCUCACAGGCAGCGUCUCUGCUGCUUCUUGGCCCUUUUGUAGAUUACUUAUUAACCACAAAAAAGGUUUAUUCCUUCGACUACAAUGUAACCACAGUGUUCUUUGUGACCUUGUCCUGCCUAAUCGCAAUAGGCACGAAUUUGAGUCAGUUCAUCUGCAUCGGCCGAUUCUCGGCGGUUUCAUUCCAAGUUCUUGGUCAUAUGAAGACCAUUCUUGUGUUGCUUUUGGGAUUUUUUUUGUUUGGGAGAGAAGGGCUCAAUCUUCAGGUAGUUGCUGGGAUGAUAUUAGCAGUUGCAGGGAUGGUUUGGUAUGGGAAUGCAUCUUCGAAGCCUGGUGGCAAAGAGCGGCGGCCGGCGAGCGAUAAAUCUCAUAAGAGUCGAUCGUUAUCGGAUUCCGAACAGAUUGAUGAGAAGGUUUAGAUUUUGUUUAGAGUUUUUUCUUAUUAGUUUUUUAUUUGUGGGGGAGUUCAUGAGGAUUGAAGCUUCCCUUAAAUUGAAUGCUACAAUCAUUGAUGAUUAUAGUUAU